AUGGUAGUCUGGGUUCAAUUCCCCGGCCUGCCAGUGCACUUCUAUCACAAAGAACUCCUCUUCACUAUGGGCAAUCUCCUAGGAAGAUCCAUUAAGCUCGAUUAUCAUACUCAACACCAACAGCGGGCAAAAUUUGCACGGAUGGCCGUUGAAGUAGAUUUGUCGAAGUCGCUGGUCCCGAGGAUCAGAUUAGACGGCCGGUGGCAGAAAGUUGAAUAUGAAAACCUCCCUGUUGUCUGCUUUGAUUGUGGGAUAGUGGGACACACGAAUGUCUCUUGCCCAACCAGAGACCGAGGUGCGAACAGGGAAGCUGACUCUGGUGCCUUGGCAACGACGUUGAUUCUGGCCGGCGAGGCCUCGCCGGAGGCCAAUGCCAGCUUCGGACCUUGGAUGGUGGUGUCGCGCAAAUCUCGGCGCAAUCAAAAGGAUACUGCCACAAAAGGAAAGAUGGAGCAGGGGAUGGCGAUCGCCAACGGGCAGAAGAGAGGGGAGGAAAGGAAAGCGGGCGAAAUUAUGGGGAAGUCUUCAUCACGAAAGGAAGGGGUGUCGCAGCAUAAACAACGACAACAGACAGGGGAGAGACAAGCGGCGAAAACGGAGGGGAAAGGCAAAGGAAGUUCGAAGGGGAAAGGGAAAGUGUUGGAGGCAGUAGGGAUUACUGAAAAAGGUUUGCUGGGCCCAAAGCGGGAGAGGCCUCUUCUAGUGGGCCUAGCAACGUGGCUAUCCAGGCUACCUCUCAGACUUCCCAAGUCCUGA